GCAUGGAUUCAGACAUGGCGAACGAACCUUUAUGGGGAGAAGUUGAAGAAAUUUCUUCCAAAACACCUAGUUCUCUCAUCGAUGCUAUCGAAAUGAAGGCAGUAGACUAUGAACUACCUCGUCUACAUCAACCAUCAUCUGAAAACUGCCCACCGAAAGACGAGUUGCCUUCAGAGUUCCUCCCAUCGGUUAAAUGUCCUUUGGAUCGACACAAACAAAACAUUAUGCUUCACUCCAUUGAACUACAGUAUCAUAAACGUCGAAUGAGACUUAUAUUGAUGGCGGCUCAGCAUCAGCAAGCGGAUUCCGCGAAGACAGAUACAAGUGAGCAUGUACAUCAACCUCUACCAGCACACCCUUCCAAACCAAGCAGAUUUUGUGCCAGUCAGGGUAUUAUCACUCCACCAACACAUUCUACUCUGAUAUCUAGAAUGCACUCUCAACCCAGCCUUCAUGAUCAACCACCACCAUUAGUUUACCCUCGUCUUGAUAGUUCAUCAAACCGACAGCUUUUACUAAGAUCUGUGGCUUCUAUUUGUGCUUUUUCAGGAUUCGAAAUGUGUAAUGAGGCAGCAUUGGAGUCUCUGACAGAUAUCCUUCAUGACUUCAACACAAGAUUCUGUAAACUUCUUAGAGCUGCUGUGGAUGACGAGGCAAUGACUGGAGGAACACCAUUCCCAGAUGUAAUUGAUGGUGCUCUUCAUGAAAUUGGUAUUGGGGGAAUAUCUACACUACAGAAAUAUUGGAAUAACAAUGUCCAGGAAUAUGCUUUGAGACUUGAGAAAGAGGAUGAUCAAUUAAUACAAGAAUACCAACAGUUAUCAGAUCCUUUGACAAGAACCUCUUUCCAUGAAGAUACUUCUAGCAAUUUUCCUUCUGUAAAAAUGGAAGAAGAAGUGGAGGGCAAAUACUCUUCAUCUCUGGCUUUCAGAACCAUGUCAGGGAGUGAUCAAAAUUCUGAAUGCUCAGGCACGAGUCCCUAUGGAACCGCAGUCCCUUCGAAUGGUGCAGCCACUGCUGAGGUGAACAGUGACCCAAGUUCACCACACUGGACAAUGCAUUAUAAGACGGAACCUGUAGAAGAGGGUUAUGAGGACCCAAUAUCUGUUGUACCUGCAACUCCACAGCCUACUUCGUGAUGCUGAUGUGCAGAUAAUGGCYAAAGGUCAUCGCACUGGACAAUGCAUUAUAAGACGGAACCUGUGGAAGAGGGUUAUGAGGACCCAAUAUCUGUUGUACCUGCAACUCCACAGCCUACUUCGUGAUGCUGAUGUACAGAUAGUGGCCAAAGCUCAUCGCACUGGACAAUACAUUAUGAGAUAGAACCCUCAGAAGAGGGGUAUGAGGACCCUAUAUCUGUCGUACGAGCAACUCCACAGCCUGCCUUGUAAUGCUGAUGUGCAGAUAGUUACUUGUAGAGUUAUUUAUUCAAGAAGAAGAAUAAAAAGAAGAAGAAGAAGAACUUAAGAAGCGUAAAAGGCAUAUCCUCAAAAAAAAAAAAAAAGAGAGAGAGAGUAGUAAAUUGUGAUGUAGUCUGUACACGGACGAGGGGUUGAAUUCUUGCCUAAAUUAACUAGUGUAUAA